CAAAGCCACACAGAUCGAGAACUCUUUCACUACCCGAGCCAAAAACACAGUUUAGAAUUCCGCUCCACCGGCGACCUCGGGGAGUACCGGAGUAGCGCUAUAUCUCUUCUUCUCUCGCCGGAAUCUUGUCGUCUUCAUCUGUCACCAUGGAAGGGAUUGAGCAGUGGAAGAGCGAGGCGGAGCAACGGAUUCAGCAAGGGAUCGAGUACGUGCUUCAGAUACCGGCAAUUCAGCAAGGGAUUGAAUACGCCUCUCAGAUACCGGCAGUUCAGAAAGGGAUUGAAUACGGCCGUCAGAUACCCCCAGUUCAGCUCUACUCCGCUGCUGCCGUCCUGGUUUUCACUACCCUUUUGUUCAUUCUGGUUCGCUUGCUUAGGCGGCCAAAAUCUAAUACCAUUGUUUUAUCCGGACUCAGUGGAAGCGGGAAAACGAUUCUUUUCUAUCAGCUUCGGGAUGGCUCUUCACACCAGGGUACUGUCACCUCAAUGGAACCCAAUGAAGGAACUUUCAUUCUCCAUUCUGAAGCUGGCAAGGAGCGCAAGGUGAAGCCUGUCCACAUUGUUGAUGUUCCCGGGCAUCCUCGUCUUCUGCCAAAGCUAGAUGAGUUCUUGCCUGAAGCAGCUGGCAUUGUGUUUGUUGUUGAUGCCCUGGAGUUUUUACCUAACCUUCGUGGAGUUUCAGAGUAUCUGUAUGAUAUUCUAACCAAAGCAAGUGUGGUGAAGAAGAAGGUUCCUGUUUUGAUUUGCUGUAACAAGACAGAGAAGGUGACAGCACACACAAAGGAUUUCAUCUGCAAACAGCUUGAAAAAGAGAUUGACAAGCUACGAACAUCAAGAAGUGCCGUAUCUGAUGCUGAUGUUGCGAACGACCACACACUUGGUACACCUGGGAAAACAUUUUCAUUCUCACAAUGCACUAACAAAGUCUCCGUAGGAGAAGCUUCUGGUUUGACCAGUAAGAUAGCGGAUGUCGAACAGUUUAUCCGGGACAAUGUAAAGCCAUAGUAGGUGCUGCUGGUUUUUCCUCUGUUUCGAACAAUCUUGAGCCGUGAGGAUUUGUACUUGGACUGACAUUCAUUGCAUCAGCCAUUCAGGAUUUGUGUAAUUAACUUUGUUCAAUUUUACUUUACAAGUUCGAGAAACAAACCCUGCAUUAUCAACCCUCUGUUAGCUAGCCUGCUCAAGCUCCCUUU